ACAAAACGAUAAGUAGUCUCCUCUACACAGAAUUGAACUUAUAUACAUACAAAAACAUAAGAUCAAACGCUGCCAUGUCGUAUUCAAGAUCGAAACGAUCAUUGGAGAUUGAGUUAAUAUCAGCCGAAGGACUCAAGGUAAAUAGAAAACCAGUGAAGAGGAAGACAUUCGGGGUGGUCAAAAUAGAUCAAGAGACUCAACACAUUUGUGAAGUAGAUGAACAGGGUGGGAGCUAUCCUAUUUGGAAACAAAGAAUCAAGACCGAGAUGGCUGUAGACGGGAGUGUAAGGUUUAUCACCGUCGAGGUUUCGUAUAAAACAAGCGGCGGAGCCGUGAAGAUUGUUGGAGUUGCCAAGAUUCCGGUGACGGAUUUUAUGGGAGGGUUUUCUCCUCAAGGGCAUUUGAAUUUUUUGAGUUAUAGGCUGAGAGAUGAGUAUGGGGACAAAAGUGGUAUCGUUAAUGUUUCAAUAAUGGUGAAACCUGAUGUUAACGAAGUUAAAUAUGCGUCGCCGUCGCCUUUGAUGAUGCCUUCGCUGGGUUAUACGGCGUGUUCUUCGCAGGCUGCUGCGGCGGUGAAUGGUCAAAUGUACUGGAGACCAAUGACAUCUUCAUCAAUGGCUACGACUAAUGGUUAUGGCGGUCGUGUAGUAACAGGAGUUCCAGUUACUUGGUGGGCGUAUCAACGGCCGACUUAACUCUUUUAUUUUUUUUGUUACACGUUUGUCUGAACAGAAAAAUUCUUCAUAUUUUUUGCAAUGUACCAUUCUUGAAAUUGGGGUUCUGGGUGAAAAAUAAGUUUGCUUAAUCAUGAAAUAUGAUAAAUUUAUUUAUUAUAAAAUAAAUAAAAAUGUUCCUUAUAUCUCUAAAGUUCUUCUAUAAAUAUGC